AAUAGAAUAUUUGAUGCCUUUUUUUCACCACAUGCAUGCCAUUUAAAUAAAAUAUUUAAUUAAGAAAAUGCACCAUUUCAUGGGUUUUAUCACAAAGAAAUCAAAACGCUUGCAUUUUCUAUAUGGAUUUUAGAGGAGGAAAAUCGUUUUGAGAAGACCACGUGAAACAUAGGGGUUUGCUGCCACCUACUGGAAUAUUUUGGAAACCACUUUUGAGUCUCAAAGAAACAAACAUUGUGCACACAGCUUUGGUUAGACACUGCCACCUAGUGGUCAGUUGUGAUAAUGCACAAAAACACUGAAAGCGAAAGCAGCAAAGUUUUCUGGAAUUCACAACUCACAAAGCUCUACAUUGAUUAAAUAACUAUACAAUACAACCAAAAGCACAUACAAAAAAAAAAACAAAAAAAAAAUUAAUGAAGUAAAAAUAUUUGCUAAAGUCAAUUUCAGUCCUUCAUCUAUCUCUUGGCUAUAUAAAAACAUACAGUUUAUUGAACACAAACUGAUCUUGUGUGACAAUAAGCGCCAUAGCAAAGCAAGUUGUCACAGUGUGAACCUACUGAUCACUGACAAUUAUUUGAUAAAAUGCUUUUCUGAAAUAUGAAAUAAUAUAUGAAUGUAAUAAAAGCCAUCUUAAACAAUUUGCAUUUAAAAUGCAUUACAGACUGAAAGGCUUUUCAACUCAAUUUAAACAGUAAAACUAAUACAAAAUUUGGCCAGAAGAAAUAUUCAUUAAUGAAUUAUAUAAACUGUAUCAAUCUGACAUAUCAUCAUUAUAUUAUUUGAAUGUAGUGACAGUGUGGCCAUUGUUGUGUUCCCAUGCCAACAGACAUAACAAAAUAUAACCAAAGUAAAAUUUAGUUCAAAAGACAAAAUUCUCAAAAAUCUGUCUUUAUUCUGUAAGACAGUUUCAUCUAGGUGUUUGAAAUCAAUAUACAUGUGAAAAACCAGAAGCAUUUCAAACUUGUAGUUACUCUGAUAUUGCCCCUUGAGCCAAUUUCCCAUGUGACAACCAGCCCUGGUCUCUUCUACAUUUCCAAACAGAAGCAUUGUGUUGUUUCGGAACAGAUACACAUAUAUAAUUCAAAAGCAUUUAAUCGAAGCUAUCAGGUUCAGCAGAGGUCAACAGACGACAUGAACACAUCAAAGUGUCCCACGUCUACCAGACACUAGUGACCAGGAAGACCAGCAUAGUUUGGUAGCACCCGCAGCUAUUUUUAUGCCUGGCAACCACACAAUGUUCAGCUGCAACCUGACGCUCUGUGCCUUGUCAAGUUGUGAGUGAGGGUUUCAGGCGGUUAGUGUUGUUCUCUCAGACUUUACCCAUCCAGCAUUACCCAGGCAUGUCUGGGGAAGAGCUUGUACUCUCUAUGGUCUCCUGCAACCUGGAGCCUCCCAUCUAUAGUGACUGGACAAUGAAAAACAACAAGGAAAAUGUCAAAUUGGAGAAAACGGUGGACAGGGUAUUAGAAGGAAGCUCUGGAGAUGAAUCCGAGGAGGCGGAACCCGAGCCCCCACCGGUAGCCGUACGAAGAAAGGUGUCGUUUGCGGAUGCCUUUGGUCUGGACCUGGUUUCCGUGAAGGAGUACAACAACCAGGAUUCAUCAAGGCUGGAUGCAGAUGGUAGAGAGGUAGAGGAAUACUACAUCUCAUGCCUCUUCAAUGUCCCAGUGUUGCACCAGGACAUGGAGGUGAGACUUCAGCAGCAGAAGCUGGAACUGGAGCGCAUCGAACUGCUCCCUGGAUCCACCACGAUCCGGGGCAUUGUUCGCGUGCUUAACCUCUGCUUCCACAAGGCCGUCUUCAUCCGCGUCACUCUGGACGGCUGGCAGAGCCACUUCGACCUGCCGGCGGAGUACAUGCCUGGGUCCAGCGAUGGCGAGACCGACUGUUUCUCUUUCCACCUCGUGUUGACACCUCCAUUCCAGGAUGAAGGGUUGCGGGUGGAGUUCUGUCUGAGGUACGAAAGCGCUGUUGGAACCUUCUGGGCCAACAGUGGAGGGACGAACUACAUUAUCUUCUGCCACCAAAGACGAAGGAACGACCUGAAAAAGAAAGAGAGUGAAAAGGAGAAGUUUGUAGAGGAGAGUAACCAAAGAGGUAUCAGGAGCUGCCUUAAAACAAUCAGUAAAAAGACGGAGGUGACACCUGCAGAAGCGAACGAUGAGAUCUCAGAACAAGUCACACCCAAGGCCAGGCAUACUAGGGAGAACAAAAUAGAGAAAGCAGGAGGAAUCAAUUCCUGCAAAUCCCUUAAUGACUGCUGCAAAACUCUGGUGGAACAUCGUAGGAAACGUCAAGCUGCUCGUUUGGCUCGUGUGCAGGACUACUUCUCUCAGAAAGCAAUGGAAACCCAGAUGGGAUGUAAUUCCAACACAGAUGAAAGUACCACAUCCAUCCCAAAGCUGACUAUACCAAGUAGAACCGACUUGCCGGUUGUCCAUAGCCAACAAGGCUACGGUAUGGACACGCCACCAGUACUAAUGUACCACCAUAUCCCUUUGCUUUCCCUGGAUUGGGGCAAUACCACAACAACACCCCCCCAAGCAAACCCUCCAGAUGCCUGCAGUAAAACAAGACAUCAGGUUGAAGAUCACCUAGCCAUGUCUGCUUCUGAGGCCUGGGAAACUUUCCUUAACAGCACUGAUAUGCAGGACCAAGUAUGUGUUCCUCCUGAGUCAGAAGUUUUAGUCCCAAUGGAGGACAAGGGAGCUGAGAAAGACCACAGUCAAGAGCCUGCUGACAGGAAAGCUAUGGAAACUAUAAAAUCUGAUCCUGUAGAGCAAUCAAAGGAUCUCAGCACGAGUCCUUCUAGAGAUCAGGUUGUGGAUUACCAACUAGUGAAAGAGCCAAAGGUCACAACCCUAAAAUGUUCUGCCCAGGGAUCGGAGCCAGAGAGGGCGGGAAGCGAGUUAGAGGCAUCUUGUGACCGCCAAGCCCCACAUCACGUGCACACAAGUGGAUCUUUGAGUCAAGACACGACCAAAGAAAACCCUGGGGACGAAACCCAAACCGCAGCACAUGACACCGAGACUCAGAAUUCAAAAGCCGGAGAUGGAAUCUCACCUGAAGAAUGCACGGGCAGCUCCGACACCUCAAAGGUUAAAGAAAACACACAGAGAGCGGUCAAAGACACCCUGACAUUUACGGGGAUCAUGGAUGUGCCACUCACAAAUAGACAGGCCGAGGGAGCUUCUUCAGAAAGGAAGGAUAUAAAUAAAGAUGCUAGCGAGGAGCAGGUGGAAAUGAGGGCGUUUUGUAGAGAACUACAUGAAGAGGACACAGAAAGCAGUAGAAAAGGACAAGAUGAGACAACUACGGAUCACAGCACAGAAAUACAGAGUGUUUCAUCGUGCAAGAGCGAGGCAUUUAAUGAGAACGAAUUAUGCACGUUGAACAAGAGUUUUAACAAAGACAAUUCAGAGCUACUGAAAAACGAAGAGAGGCGUUUUGAGGCAAACGAAGGACUUCAAAUGAAGGAGCGACUGAAUGAGACGACUAUAGAAGCUGCUAGUGUUGAAGAGGAUGAAAUGCAUUCAGAAGAGCUUAUAGAGGACUCCCGAGCAGUGGGUGACAAUUGCACAGAUGGAGAAGAGAAAGAGUUUGAGAUUCAUGCUACCAAAUUUGCACCCACCCACUUACCUACCUAUCCAACAGUUAGCAAUGACCCAUCCAGGCACCUCCUUUGGACAACAUCUGCAAAGGAACGAGAGGUAACUUUUGCAGAGGAGGACUUUGAGCUUGGGAAGACCCUCAGAAACUUUCAAGAACCCCAGCGACUGGACGGAGAGGAUGAACUCUCCACACCGUUACCCAGCAUUCACCUGUCCUGGGUGGGCGGCAACAGCAGUAGGCUGUUGAGAGAAUUCUGCUCGCUGGGUCACACGGCCAAGGCUCUUGUGUAUGUUAUUCUGUUUGCGAUCUUCAUAACGACGUAUCUCUAUGAUCUGCCGACCUGCAUGGCCCUCUAUCUGUUUUCUCUGUACUGGUGGUGCAGCCAUGGCAUGAAGCAGCGUCUGGACGGGGCUGUCGAUGUGGACUGAGACCAGACAGGAAGUUCUUGAAAGUUUCUGAGGAAGCUGUUGUCAAGUUAUGUGACUCUGAAAUGAAGUGUGACACGAAGUGAUUCUAUGGGCCCAAAAUCACUUGAUAAAAUUAGAUUUAGUAGGCUUUUUUUUUUUUUGUUUCUUGUCACUUGUGUUCCCAUUAAAAGUCCCAUUUGAAACAGGAGUCUUUUAAUAUAAUACUAAACUCAAACUGCUAGAAUAGUGGAUAUGUGCUAAUCCAGUUCUGUGAUAUAAUUGAAUGACAGAAAACAUUCUUAUAAUGUUAAAGGCAACAAUUGCUUUCACAGAUAUAUCUCCAAGAUAUAAAGUGCAAGUCAAAAGUAUAGAUACUAGUAUUUAAUUACUCUUUUUUUUUUUGCCUUGAUUGCCAGUAAAAAUAUCCAAAAAUUCAUAAAAGAAGAUAAAAUUACUUUACAAGCAACAGUGCAUAAGAUAUGAAGACUUCUGAUUUCUAGUGCAUUGUGUAUAAGUGUAAAAUCGGACAAAAUACACUGAUAUUAAAAUCACAGUCUCUUAAUAUCUCAUGCAUUGUUGCUUCUUAAGGAAAUAUAUCUUUCUUUAAGGUUUUUUAGACAUUUUAACUGGAAAAUUACACAAAAUAUUUUUUGCUGUAAUACUUUAGUGUAAGGACCAAUUCUCAAUAUUAACUAGUUGCUUAUUAGCAAGCCUAUUAUUAACAUAAUGGCUGAUUAUUAGUACUUAUAAAGCACAUAUUCUGCAUGACUAUAUUCUACAUCCCUAAUCCUUCCCAAUUCCUACACUUGACUACCUUAAAGUAGUCACAAAAAAGUGACACAAAGUGAUCCUAUGGGCCCAAAAUCACUUGACAAAAUGAGGUUUAGGAGGCAUUUUUGUUUGUUUCUUUCUUCUCAGUUGUGUUCCCAUUAAAAGUCCCAUUUAAAACAGUCUUUUAAUGUAAUACUAAACUAAGUGAGAAUUGGACCUUAGAAUAAAGUGUGACCUUUUUUGCAAACAAAUUCAUACACCUAAGCACAGUUUAUGAUUGUAUACAAAAUAAUUUCUUCAUGAGCCUUAGUAUCAAAAAGUGUCUCAAGGAACAAUAUUCAGUCCAAACUUUGACUGGUAUUGUACCUUUAUGUAAGGUUAAACUGGGUUCAUACAAAGGCAUGCUGAAUGCACUAUGUAGCCCGUGAGAUUUCACGUCUCUUUGGGGAUGUGUGUGACGGACGUGACAUUUCCUGCAAAUCCCAUCAUGUCUCUGUUCCCAAAAGAGAGAGGGAGAGAUAUGAGGGCUGGAGAAAGGACAGAGCUUCUCGACCUUCUGAUCUGUGAACAUAACUAUAAGAAAUUCAUACCUAAAAGGCUUAAAAACAUAGUUUAUGCACAAGUGAAAAUUCCCCUCAUUUACUCUCAAUCAUGGUGAAACACAAAAUGAGUUUUCAUGCUCUUCUCCAUGCAGUUACAACGAAUCAAGGCUCAAGCUUUAAAAUGCCAUUAAAACAUCAUAAAGUAUCAUAAAAGUAGUCCAUAUGUGAAUACGGUGCAAUCUAUAAUGAGCCUAAUUUACAUAGAAACAUGAUGUGUUUGGGCUCAAAAGAAUGGCAAGAUUUUUACGCCUCGUUGAACUGGAUUAUGGGUGUUUAGUGAGACAGACGCAUAAUUUUGAGUUGAAAUACGACGCUGUUUAUUGAAUUUGCCAGUGUGUUGGUCUUUGCAUGUGCUUGUUUUAGUUGUGGGCAAAUGCAUGAUCUCUGUUUAUAUGUGAGUGUGUAAUAGAGAUGUUUUGUGUGUGUUGCUGCAGUCAUAUGAUCCAGUCUACUAUGACUCUGACCUUUCGGUGUCUGGCCACUAACCUCACGUACAGCUCGAGCUGCUCAUCUGUACAGCAAGAGCACAAAUUCAUAGUUUUACUUUUCUUAAUACCUCUAUUCAACAUUUACUAACAUUUAUGUAACUAUUCUUAAGAGCACUAAAAUCCCCAUAAGGAGGAAACUAAGAAUUAUACUACUUAUUUAUUCACACAUAAGAUAUAAGACUGAAUAGGGCUAAAAUACUAAAGUGAACUCAAUGAAUAUUUGUCUUAUAUAAGUUUACACUGCUGAGAGAAAAAAACAAACAAACAAAAUAAAAAACGCAUAAAUGUCCACACUGAACCAAGCUGGUUUAUGCUGGUUAGAGCUGGUCUGGUGACUCUGAAGAGCAGAAAAAUGAUACUGUAUUACCCUCUAAGGACAUUCAAAGGGCAUCUAAUCUUCUCAAAUGUGUUUUUAAACUGAUCUGUAACUAAUAAUGUCAUAAAAUGCACAUUUAUGUGCUGUCCUUCUGUUUCAUGUUUUUACAUUGCAAACUGUGUUUAAGUGUUUGCAGAUGAUCCAGGCAUUCACACGUUGUAUUUAUGUUGGUUUGCAGUAGAAAAAAAUGAAAGCAAAUGAAAAAUGAUUCAAAUAAACUGACCACUAAACACUGGACCACUAAAAACAACUCAAGCUAAUAAAUAAUAGUCACCCAAAACAACUAUUCCAGUUAUUCAAAACAAAACCAAAUGAAGAAUUUGCACCAUUUGUGGUUUUAAUAUACAGUUUGCGCUGACCAACUUCUUAAUAAACAGGCUCAUUGAGUCUUUCCUGUACGUUUCCAUUGAGCUCAGCACGGUUUGUUAUUUGUUAUGUUUGUUUGACUCAGGAGGAACAAGAUAUUCCCAAACUCUGCUCACAGAUGAAAGACACGUGAGCCACGCGAUAAAAUGUCGCUACGAUCACAUGAGGGAUAUUUUCUGAGGUGUGAAUACUUCAGAUGUUUCAUGUAUGCUUGCUUUGCAGUUAAUUAUGUGUUAUGUGUUGGCACCCUUUCCUUUUCUCUUUCUUUCUU